GGAAGGCAGACGCCCAAGACUGAGCCACCCAGGCACCCCUGAAAUGUGCUCUUUAGUUUAUGAAGAAGUACUUAUUUAGAAAAUGAAUGAGGAUGAGUUUUGGGUUGACUUUCAGGGCAGCAAAAAGCCGCUGGAUGGUGAACGUCAGCCAGCAGUGCUCACAUGGAUCCGUUGGGUUAUUUGUGCCACCAAGUCCUCCUCUGGACCCUGAGAAGGUCAAAGAGUUACAGCGCUUCAUCACUCUUUCCAAGAGACUCCUAGUGAUGACUGGGGCAGGAAUCUCCACCGAGUCGGGGAUCCCAGACUACAGGUCAGAAAAGGUGGGACUCUACGCCCGCACUGACAAGAAACCCAUUCAGCACGGGGAUUUUCUACGGAGUGCUCCAGUCCGCCAGCGGUACUGGGCGAGAAACUUUGUAGGCUGGCCUCGAUUCUCCUCCCUCCAGCCUAACCCUGCACAUUGGGCUUUGAGCAAUUGGGAGCGACUUGGAAAGCUGUACUGGUUGGUGACCCAAAAUGUGGAUGCCUUGCACACGAAAGCAGGGAGUCAGCGCCUGACAGAACUCCACGGAUGCAUGCACAGGGUCCUUUGCUUGGACUGUGGUGAAAAGAUUCCCCGCAGAGCGUUGCAGCAGCGUUUUGAAGCCCUGAACCCCACCUGGAGUGCUGAGGCCCAUGGCCUGGCUCCUGAUGGCGACGUCUUUCUCACAGAGGAGCAGGUGCAGAGCUUUCAGGUCCCAUCCUGUGCUCAAUGUGGAGGCCCUCUGAAACCAGACGUCGUUUUCUUUGGGGACACAGUGAACCCUGACAAGGUUGACUUUGUGCGCAGGCGUGUAAAAGAAGCCGACUCCCUCUUGGUGGUGGGAUCGUCCUUGCAGGUGUACUCCGGCUACAGGUUUAUCCUCACUGCCCGAGAGAAGAAGCUUCCAAUCGCGAUACUUAACAUUGGGCCCACACGGUCGGACGACUUGGCAUGUCUGAAACUAGAUUCUCCUUGUGGAGAGUUGCUGCCUUUGAUAGACCCACACUGACCAGAGCCUGAUGCUCCUGAGCCAGAAACAGACUUUCACUCUAAUCCUGCUAUUAAAGAAGAUUACAAAAGCCAAGUCUUACCUGAAGAAUAAAGCCUUUCUAAAGAAAAUAAAGAGUAUCCUUGCCUCUCCUUCCCCUUGGGAAAAUAGUUAUUUAUGGAACAUUUACUAUAGAACAAGCACUGUAGGAAGCAUUUUACAAGGCGUUGGCUCACCUAAUUCCCACAACCCUAUGAUCUGCACACUAUUAUUUCUUUUGAAAGAUGAAGAUCCUGAAGCUUGGAGAUUUUAUGUGACUAGCCCAAGGUCACCUGGGGUGACCCGACCAGUAACCAACGCCAGUCCGUCCAGUUCUGAACUCCCUUUAAUGAUCUAUAGAAGCCCGGUGAGGUGACUGCGCAACUGCACUUUGGGGGCGAAGAAGGGCAAGACUCAAGAAACUUCUUGAGGUGACCCCCAACUAGGUCCCGAGCGAUGAACAGGCAAGCACCAGGCGGGAAAAGGGGGAGCAUUCCAACCGGAGGUCAGAGCUACAAAUCCCUUCACCUUCUGUUUCCCCUCUUCGAAAAUGGGGACUUUGCGCGCAGAAGCCCAUGGCUCGCCCAACAUCCACUCGCCUCUCUCCUCGCGCCAGUUUGGCUCCCCGCACCCUAGCUUCCCGGCCCCCUCGUCCCUUUCCGGGAUGGCAGCCCUGGAGCAGCUCCCCACCGGAAACCGUUAUGGGGCUGGGGACGAAGGGGCGCGUGUGGGGCCGACACACCCACAGGCACGCGCACCGCAGGAAGGUGGACCCCAACGUCAUACCCACGUGAGCUCGCUAUUUUCUCACACUCGGCCCGCCCACUCUUUCCUUCCCGCCGGAUUCUGACCAUGGAGAACUGCGCACCGAGGACCCAGGAAGCCGCGCGAGGAGCCGUCGCCGCCACCUCACCCUGACGUGGGCUGG